UAAGUUCCUCAACACCAACAGAGAGAAUUUCAUUAGACAAUCAUAUAGGAUUUCUAUCUUCCUCCUUCGCUUUCCUUGCCCCCAAACGGUAAAUCAACUGAGUAUCACCAUGGACAACAUUGGCGAGGAAUACACACAGUACAGAAAUUACUGGGAAACCAAUAUGUUCCUCCAUAGUGAAGAGCUUGAUAGUUGGGGAUUGGAUGAGGCUUUUUCUGGGGACUAUGAUUCGAGCUCGCCUGACGGAGCGGCAUCGUCGCUGGCAUCGAAGAACAUUGUUUCGGAAAGGAAUAGGAGGAAGAAGCUGAAUGAUAGGCUCUUUGCACUCAGAGCAGUGGUCCCGAAUAUCAGUAAGAUGGAUAAGGCUUCGAUAAUCAAAGACGCCAUUGAAUAUAUCCAAGAGCUCCAGGAACAAGAAAGAAGAAUCCAAACCGAGAUAACGGAGCUCGAGUCAGGGAAAUUGAAUCAAAAUCCAGGUUAUGACUUCGAAGAAGAGCUACCCGUCUUGUUGAGAUCGAAGAAAAAGAAAACUGACCAAUUCUAUGAAUCCGGGGGAUCAAGAACUUCCCCUAUUGAAGUCCUUGAACUCAGGGCUAGUUACAUGGGGGAGAAAACUGUGGUGGUGAGUCUAACAUGCAGUAAAAGAACAGAUACAAUGGUGAAACUUUGUGAGGUCUUCGAAUCUUUGAAGCUCAAAAUCAUUACGGCAAACAUCGCCGCUUUUUCUGGGAGGCUUGUGAAAACAGUCUUCGUUGAGGCAGAUGAAGGGGAGGAAGAUCAGUUGAAGUUUAAGAUCGAAACAGCCAUUGCGGCUCUAAAUGAUCCACAAAGCCCAAUGAGCAUCUAGUUAAGGACAUUGAGGCCCAAUAAAUCUGAGUCCUCUAUUUAUUUAAAGGGUUUGGGGGUUUGGUCUUCCAUGUUUGGUCACUAUUAUGGUUCUUUGUUGAGGUUUUAAUCCAUGUUUGUUUACGUUGACGAAGAGUCUUAAUCUGGUGUUGUAUUUUGGGGGAGGCAAAGUUGCAUAGUCCAAUAAAAGUUGCGUCUGAUCCUUAUUAAUAAAUGUUUGGAUAUUUAUUUAUGAGUAGUGUUAUUUGAAGA